AUGGAGGAGGCCUCCGGCCCCGCGGCCCCGGCAGUCCCCGAGCCAAUCAGGUUCAGCCCCAAGAAGGAUGGCCUGCCCAAGACCUUCACCUACACCUUGGAGAAACGUGUAUCUGGGAUCGUGGUGGAUGGGCGCGAUGAGGCUGCCAUGCCCAGCCCCCGUUGCGGGAGCAUGCCGCCCCUGGUGGACCCAGAGGACUUUGGGGCUCCGCCCGGCCAGCUGAUUCCCAUCAACCGCAGCACCCCACCCAGCCCCGCGGAUGUGUACCGAUGCGCGGGGUGUGUCAAGGCAGAGUGCCAGGGGCCGACGGGGUGCACCGACUUCCAGUGGCGGGACCAGUCGGGCGGGUACCUGCGUGAGAUCCUGACCAGCCGGGUGUACAGCGUGGCCCGCGAGACGCCCUUGGAGCGCGCCCCCGGCAUCAGCGAUGCCAUCGGCUGCAACCUGUACCUCAAACGGGAGGACAUGCAGCCGGUGCACUCCUUCAAGAUCAGGGGCGCCUUCAAUCGGAUGGCGCGCCUCACCCCCGAACAGCUGAAGCGGGGCGUCAUCUGCUCCUCGGCCGGCAACCACGCCCAGGGCGUCGCCAUGUCUGCAGCCCACCUCGGCUGCUCUGCCGUGAUCUGCAUGCCCACCAACUCUCCGGAGAUCAAGUACCAGGCCGUGGAGAGGCUGGGUGGCACCGUGGAGCUCGUGGGUGAGUCCUUUUACGAGACGGCGGCGCACGCCGUGGCCCGUGGCAUCGCCGAGGGCCGCACCUUCAUCAACGCCUACGACGACCCCUACUGCAUCGCCGGCCAGGGCACCGCGGGUGCGGAGAUCCUGAGGCAGGGUGACAUUGACAAGAUGGACUACAUCUUCGUCGCGGUGGGGGGCGGGGGCCUCAUUGCCGGCAUCGCCGCGGUGGUCAAGGCGCUGAAGCCCAGCAUUAAGAUCAUCGGCGUGGAGCCGACAGGGGCCAACAGCAUGACCCAGUCCCUCGUGCGGGGGGAGCGGGUGACGCUGAGCAAGGUGGACGCGUUUGCCGACGGUGUGGCCAUCAAGCUGGUGGGCGCCGAGGCCUUCCGCCUGUGCCGCGAGCUGCUGGACGGCAUGCUGCUGGAGGUGUUCAACGAGACGCGGUCCAUCCUGGAACCGGCGGGCGCGGUGGCGGUGGCGGGCGCGCUGGCCUUCGCCUCGAGGUAUCGCCUGCGCGGCAAGACCCUGGUGGCGGUGACCUCCGGGGCCAACAUGAACUUUGACCGCCUUCGGAUCGUGUCCGAGCUGGCCAAUGUGGGCAGCGCCGAGACGAUGCUGGCCACCGCGCUGCCCGACGAGCCCGGCAGCCUGCUGCGCCUGAUGGACAUCCUGUCCGGCAACUCGGGCCCGCUGAACAUCACCGAGUUCAAGUACCGCUACAACAUGCACUCCGACGGCCUGGCACGCAUGCUGUUCAGCGUGGGGGAGGCCCCGGGGUCGAAGGAGAGCAGGGCGCUGAUGGCGCGCGCGCAGGCAGCGGGCAUCCGCGUGCAGGACGUUUCGGACGUGGAGCUGGCACAGACCCACCUGCGCCACAUGAUCGCGGGGUUGGGCGGGAACGUCACGUAUCCGGAGAGGGUGGGGAUGCUGCGCAAGCUGCUGACUCCCCUGUCGCCUCGCUGGACUAUCAGCCUCGUACACUUCCGCAAGACAGGCAAUCGGUCUUCCACCCUGAUGCUGGGUGUCCAGCUCAAGCCGGAGGAGAUGGCAGAGUUCCUGGAAGCCACUGAGAGCCUGUCUGGGGAGUUCGUGUUUGAGCCGCUGCUGGGAAGGGCCAAGCAGGUGUUUGACCUGUUCCUCGAGAAGUGA